AUGGCCUCCACGCCCUCCGUCCCCAAAACAAUGAACGGCAUCCAGAUCCCCCGCACCGGCGACGUCUCCGUCCUCACCCACGAGACCGCCCUCCCCGUCCCCGCCCCCUCCGAGGGCCAGGUCCUCGUCCGCAACGAGUACGCCGGCAUAAACUACAUCGACACCUACUUCCGCACGGGUCUCUACAAGGCGCCCCUGCCGCAGGUCCUCGGCCGCGAGGGCGCCGGCACCGUCGUCUCCGCCCACCCCUCUGUAUCUUCUUCCUUCUCCCCCGGCGACCGCGUCGUCUACAUGGGGCCCUACAGCUCCUACGCAACCUACUCCGCCGUGCCCGCCUCCUCGCUGCUGCGCAUCCCCGACGCGCUGGGCACCGACGCCGCCGCCGCCGCGCUGCUGCAGGGCCUCACGGCGUGGACCUUCAUCCGCGAGGCGGGCGUCGUGCAGAAGGGCGAGUGGGUCCUCGUGCACGCGGCGGCCGGCGGCGUCGGGCUGCAGCUCGUGCAGAUGCUGCGCGCCGUCGGGGCCAAGGUCAUCGGCACGACGAGCAGCGACGAGAAGUGCGCGCUGGCCAAGAAGAACGGCGCCGAGUGGAUCGUCAACUCCAAGAGCCAGGACCUCGUCGCGGAGGUGAAGAAGAUUACGGACGGCCACGGCGUGGAUGUCAUCUUUGACGGUGUGGGCAAGGCGACGUUUGAUAGCGACCUGGAGAUGGCGGCGCGUAAGGGACGGUUGGUCGUUUUUGGAAAUGCUUCUGGCGCGGUGCCUCCUUUUGAUAUCCUGAAGCUGGGACCCAAGAACUUGAAGGUUAUGCGCCCCGUGGUGAACAACUACGUUGCUACUAGGGAAGAGCUGGAGAAGUACAGCGGUGAGCUGUUUGAGAUGAUCACCUCAGGCAAGGUCGAGGUCGCCAUCCACAAGGCCUACCCGCUCAAGGACGUCAAGCAGGCGCACACUGAUCUUGAGAGCCGAAACACUACCGGCAAGCUCCUGCUCAAGAUUGAUUGA